UGCACCCUUCAAUCAUGUCUUUGAUGAUGAAUCAGCAAGGUGCCACUUUUUGACCAUUGAAAAAAAAAAAAAAAAGAAAAAGCAACUUUGAUUAUCUCUGUAGCCUUUUUUUUCCUCUUCUUUUAUUCUCUCUUUUCCAGACCACACGCUUCUUCAUCUUCUAAUUGGAAAUCUUCUCUUCAUUGUUCAACGAAAAUUUUAUUCCUUGGAAGUGUUCUUGAGCUUCCAUUUCAGCAAUUCCAUUCUCAAGUUUGCCUUUUUUGGCGAAUACAACAGAAACGGAUACUUGCCUAUUAGGUGUUUGCUAAAAUGCCACAGUAUCAACCAUCUAAAGAAACUUCAAAGCUUGAUGCUUUUUUGGGUCUAGAUAAUAAGGCCCUGUUGAAAGUUGCUGAGAAAUUGGAGCUGAAGGUGAUGAUUGAGGAAAUGGAAUCUUCAACAAGCAUUGAUGAUGUUCCUGCAGUGUUCAUUUGUCCAAUUUCACUUGAGCCAAUGCAAGAGCCAGUGACACUUUCAACUGGCCAAACCUAUGAAAGAUCCAACAUCGUCAAAUGGUUCUCACUUGGCCACAGAACUUGCCCCAUAACAAUGCAAGAGCUUUGGGAUGAUGAUGAUGGUGGUAAUUCUCUCACACCAAACAACACUCUCAGCCACUUGAUCCUCACUUGGUUCUCUCACAAGUACAUAGCCACGAAGAAGAAAUUGGAGGAUGUUCAAGGUAGGGUUUCGGAACUCUUGGACACACUCAAGAAGGUUAAGGGUCAAGCUAGAGUUAGAGCUCUUAAGGAACUUCACAAACUUGUUGAAUCUCAUGUUGAAGCAAGGAAGUCAGUGCUGGAGAAUAAUGGGGUUGCUUUGGUUUCUUCACUUUUGGGUCCAUUUACUUCACAUGCUGUUGGGUCAGAAGCAAUUGGGAUAAUUGUGAAUUUUGAUUUGAGUUCUGAGUUGAAGAGGGAUUUGGUGAAUCCAGCUAAGGUGUCAUUGUUGGUUGAUAUCAUGAAUGAGGGAACAAUUGAGACCAAGAUGAAUUGUGCAAAGUUGAUUCAAAUUCUGCUGAUGGAAGGUAAAAACGACAUCCAAAAUUAUGAGAUUGUUUCAAGUUUGAGUCUUUUGGUUGGGUUAUUGAGGCUAAUUAGGGAUAAGAAACACCCAAAUGGGGUCUUAAUUGGUCUCAAAUUACUCAAAUCUAUAUGUUCAUCAUAUGAAUCAGUUAGAAGCUCAGUGGUAAGCAUAGGAACAAUUCCUCAAUUGAUUGAGUUUUUACCAAAUUGGAACAAUGAGUGCUUAGAGAUAGCACUCUAUGUUCUUGAGUUGUUGUCAACAAUUCCAGAGGGUAUUUUAGCAUUGAAGCAGUGUCCAAAGAUUGUUCCAAAUGUGGUGAAGUUGUUGAUGAGAGUCUCAGAGAAUUGCACACAAUUUGCAUUGUCAAUAUUGUUGGCUAUUUACAAGAUUGCCCCUGAAGAAUGUGCAUCACAGGCAGUGGAAGCUGGUUUGGCACCAAAGCUGUUGCUAGUGAUUCAGAGUGGAUGCAAUCCAGUGUUGAAGCAGAUGUCUUCUGAGUUCUUGAAAAUGUGCAGUUUGAAUUACUCUGCUAAUAUCUUGAUUUCAAAGUGUAUGCUUACCACAACAAUACAAUGAAAAAUAAAAUAGAAAUUUGUUCAUAGCUUCAUGUAAUUGUUCAUAUCUUUUUGAAAUUUAGAUUUCUUUGGUCUUUGCUUAUUCUUGUUAAACUUAGAGCAAUUUUAAUCUAUGGUGUAUAAUAUAACUAGUUUUGUGUAGUUUG